UGGCCUGAACUGCUCCAGGGACGGCGCUCUUGCCGUGCGGAAGACUCCUCUGUGCGCUGCUCCGUCCUGCUUCCGGCCUAGCAUUUUUCCGCUUCCGGUCCGGUACUGGCGUCUUUGCUGAGGGUCACAUUGAGCUUCCAGCGACUUCAGGGGCAUCUUUAGGAGUCAGCACUAUGGCAGAAGACAUCAAGACCAAAAUCAAGAACUACCAGACUGCUCCUUUUGAUAGCCGCUUCCCCAACCAGAACCAGACCAGGAACUGCUGGCAGAACUACCUGGACUUCCACCGCUGUGAGAAGGCAAUGACCGCUAAAGGGGGUGACGUCUCCGUGUGCGAAUGGUACCGGCGUGUGUACAAGUCCCUCUGCCCCGUAUCGUGGGUGUCAGCUUGGGACGACCGCCGGGCAGAAGGCACAUUUCCUGGGAAGAUCUGAACUGGCUCCAUCCCACCUCCUGUCCUCCGUCCUUCUCCCCAGGGUGGUGAAGGGGGACCUAGGUACAUGGUGAUCCCCACCCUGGGAUCCUGAAUCAUGGUUUAACUAAUAAUAAAUGCUCGUUGGAAACAUGUAA